UUGGGCAGAAUGAGGUGCCGGAGGCUGCUGAAGCGGGUGAUGCUGGCGCUGCUCUUCGUCUGCAUGACCCUCAAGAUCCACCUGGAGAUGAGGAUGCUGGACUCCACCAAGACCGGGGUAUCUUUCUCUCCCUGGUGGAGCAGCCAGACUCCGGCCCACCCGCGCCUCUUGGUUGGACACUCAAGUGAUUCUCCCCAAAAUUUGUCAAUAAAAAGUUCAACUUUAAAUAUAAGUUCAUCUUUUAUUGUGGACUAUAUCGUAAACAAUAGAACAAAUAGCAGUAAAAAUAUAGAAUUAAAUAUGGUUAGUGCAUCAAAUCAGAUUAGAAAUUUUAGCGCCAAAUCUGAGGUUAUUAGUAAAUUAUCGAAACAAGAAGAAACACCAGUCCACAGUGAAAGUAAUAAUACGCAUAUCGGCAGCAACACGACACAGAAGCAUAACUUGUCUACGGUUGACGAAACUCAGAGUGAAGACAUGAAACACAACUUGACGUCCACUCAUCAGGAAGCGGCACACACAAUUACCGUGGUAAAAAAACACAUAUUUGCUAAACUCGGAAUAUGGGACAGCCACAAUAAAAUUAAAAUCCAUAAUGUGAGCACAGAUUUUACUGAAAUUAAGUUAAAACCAGUAAAUCAAACGCUACCGGAAAAUUCUAAGGAGAAUACUCCUCCUGUGGCCAAGGAGAAUCCUCCGACCAGAGCCAAGGAAGAUCAACAAGUCCUCCCGAUAAAACUCUUUCCCCCGGUCAACACAGUGGCGAAGCCUGAACCGCCUAAGAGAGGUGUCUCGCACGUCGUAGACUCCACGGAGGUGUCCUUGACGAAGGAAGACAUCAUAAAAAUAAAAAAGCUGUUGGCAAAAGAAAAUGAAGAACAGAAGGUGUACAACCAGGACCGCUUCGGCCCCAUCGCCAGCAACACCACAAUACUCCUGGUGCAGGUCCACAACCGUCUGGAGAACCUGCGACACCUUGUGAGGAGCCUGCAGCAGACUCGGGACAUCCAGGAGGCUCUGGUCAUCUUCAGCCACGACUUCUGGAACCCCGUCAUCAACGCCUUCAUCAGGAACGUCACAAACUUCCGAGUGAUGCAGAUCUUCUUCCCCUUCUCCAUACAGCUGCAUCCACUCACCUUCCCUGGCAGGGACCCACGGGACUGUGCCUGGAACGUUGAGAGACGCGAGGAGCUCCAGUGCCUGAACCGUGUGUGGCCGGACUCCUACGGUCACUACCGCGAGGCCUCCUUCACGCAGAUCAAGCAUCACUGGUGGUGGAAGAUACACAGGGUAUUUGAUGGCUUGAAUGUAACCAGGAGUAACUACACGGGUCACGUGAUCUUCCUGGAGGAGGACCACUACGUGUUCCCGGACCUGCUCCAUGUUCUGCGCCUCCUGCGAGGACUUAGGGCCUCGGCCUGUCCCUCCUGCCAGGUCCUCGCCCUCGGCAACUACAACAAGAUGGCCGCCACCGCCUACAAAAAUUCCAUAGAGAAGGGCGACUGGUGGGUAACGAAGCACAACCUGGGCUUCGCGCUGGACCGGGCUGCCUGGACGACUCUCGCUCAGUGCAAGGAGUUCUUCUGCGACUUCGAUGACUACAAUUGGGACUGGACCUUAUACAACCUGGUGCAGACGUGCCUUCACCCCAGGAUGACCAUGCUCUCAGCCAGGCUCUCCCGGGUCAUGCACGUCGGGAGCUGCGGAACGCAUGUCAAGAAACGGACCUGUGAUGUACACAGGGAAGUCCGUAACGCCGAGACGCGCCUCAGAGUGGCCAAGGAGUUCCUCUUCCCGCCAGUGCUGGUGCUGCAGGAUGGCUUCCGCUCCUCUGGCAAGCCCAAGCGAGGCAACGGUGGGUGGGGAGACCUGAGGGACCGUCAACUGUGUCGAGCCAUCGGCAACUACACAGCCUCCGACCAUACCCUUGCCAGCCUCCUCUACCCUCCCCUGCCACACUAACUCACUCCUCCAACGCUAAUACAUAAACAGUGACUGAAACAUUACUGAUUUAUUUAUGAUAACUAGGAUUGAAAUAGUUUUGAAGUGAGGCAGUUGCCAUAGCAGCGUUAGAACUCCGACUGUAUCAAAUCUUUGUUGUAUCCGGUUGUGACUAAGCCAAUAUAACUUGGUAAAUAGUUAGCAUUGCUAUUUUAUGUACAAAUGUGUGCACAUUAGCACCCUGAAGAAACACUUACAUUUAACAAGUGAAACUGAAACUUGCUAUAUUCACAGAUUUUGUAGUUGAUAUAAAUCAGAUACAAAUCAUCUGUUGAUGAUACAAUUAAACAUAGUUUUGCGUUAA